AUGAUCAAUACCCUUCUCCAGUUGUUUACUUUCUCAGUUUCGCCAUCUCUAUCCUUCUCCAUUGCCUAUGUGCUUUCCAAUCAAACGAAAAAUCACACUUGCUCACGUCGAUUUCCAAUAAUUAAUUUAUAUAUUUUUAUUAUUUUACAUAUUCCUAUCUUCGUCUUGUUUAUUCUUCAAAUAAAAAAAACAUCAAAGAGCGUCCGUUUACCACCUGGGCCUCGGGGGCUUCCCUUGAUCGGAAAUUUACACCAAUUUGUUGGUUCAAAGCCUGAAAAUGUGUGGAAGCUCUCUCAAAAGUAUGGAGCCCUCAUGUCCUUGCGGCUUGGCUACGUGCCAACCCUGAUAGUUUCAUUGGCAAAAAUGGCUAAAGAAGUUAUGAAGACCUAUGACCUUGUAUUUUGCAGUAGACCUGCCUUAAUUGGUCAGCAAAAGUUAUCUUACAAUGGGCUAGAUUUGGUUUUUUCACCCUAUGAUAAUUAUUAUAGAGAGUUGAGAAAAAUAUGCGUGGUUCAUCUCUUCAAUUCUAACCGAGUGGCAGAUUUUCGUCCGGUUAGAGAAGAUGAAGUUUCCCGUAUGAUUGAAAAGAUAUCAAAAUCAGCUGUGGUCUCAAAACCUGUCAACUUAAGUGAGCAAAUGAUGUUUCUUACGAGCACCAUUAUUAGCAGAAUCGGUUUUGGCAAGAGGUAUGAGGAUGAAGGCACUGAAAGAAGCAGAUUUCAUGCUUUACUUAAUGAGACUCAGGCCUUGUUCGUAAGCUUCUUUCUUUCCGAUUAUUUUCCCUUCAUUGGCAGCUGGGUUGACAAACUCAUAGGAAUGGUAAAUCGUCUCGAAAACAACUUCAAGGAAUUUGAUAAAUUCUACCAGGAGCUCAUCGAGGGGCAUUUAGAUCCCAACAAACCAAAGAAUGAUCGAGAGGAUAUAAUUGAUGUUCUACUGCAAGUUCGGAAAGAGUGUGGAUUUAAAGUUGACCUCACUUCUGAUCACAUCAAAGCAGUGCUCAUGAAUGUAUUUGUUGCUGGCACAGACACCAGUGCAGCCACGGUGGUUUGGGCGAUGACCUACCUGAUGAAAAAUCCUGAAAUAAUGAAGAAAGUUCAAGGAGAAAUCAGGUCCAAAGUUGGAAACAAAGGUUUUGUAGAUGAGGAUGAUCUUCAGAAUCUGCCUUAUCUUAAAACUGUAGUGAAAGAGAAUAUGAGACUGCAACCAACAGUUCCUUUUUUGGUCCCAAGAGAAACAACUGAGAACUGCGUCAUAGAGGGAUAUGAAAUACCGCCUAAAACACUCGGUCUUGUGAAUACAUGGGCUAUAGGAAGAGACCCUGAAGCUUGGGAGAACCCAGAUGAAUUUUAUCCUGAGAGAUUCAAGGGGAGUUCUAUUGACUUUAAAGGGCAACACUUUGAGCUGAUACCAUUUGGCGCUGGUCGAAAAAUUUGUCUAGGAUUGUACAUGGGAAUUGCUACUGUUGACCUUGCACUUUCUAAUCUUCUAUACAAAUUUGACUGGGAAAUGGUGCCUGGAAUGAAGAAAGAAGAUUUAGAUUUUGAUGUUCUUUCAGGCAUUACCAUGCACAAGAAAAAUCCUCUCCGCCUUAUGGUUAAGUGCUAUAAAUGAUUGCAGAUCGAUGGGUCAUUUGUGUUCAAUGUUGACGAAUUAAUCUGGCCGGAGUUCGAAGUUUCUGAUCGCAGUUUUCUUGUUUGCUACACUGUGUAAU